AUGCUCUACAAAGGAAACUGGUUCGAGGAGAUGAUUAACAACAGAAACAAGUCCACAGUUCGUGGGCUAAAGGUGCGCCGUGUACAGUACUUGACGUCAAAUAGUGGGACAAGGGCGGUCGAAGAAUAUGCAUCGCAUACGAAGAUGGUGCAGUCAUUGUUGGAUCUGUGGAUGGGAAUCGGAUUUGGGGAAAAGAACUCAAAUGCACUGAACUAGCAGCCGUUGAAUGGGCUCCACAUGGUCGUUCCAUCCUCUUUGGCCUGUCUUCUGGUGAAAUUCACGUCUACGACUCCCUCGGAAUAUUUCUGGUAUAUCUGCAUUUUUUACCAGUGACUCGUUGCCUUGCAUGUUUUAUUUUUUUUUUCGUUCCACAAUAAACGAAGCGGACAGCGUGCGUUGCCUAAAGGGACUGUCCUCAUUUUUGCACUGGGAGCUUUUUGCAACUCAUGCCAUCGAAACGCCCGAAAUGUUGUCUUAAUUUGAUUUUUUCUGUACAACGCUUACAUUCAGACAUGAUUUAAGGACACGAAAGAUUCAGAUCUUUUAUCGUUUUUGCGUCUUUAACAUUCAUUUCGGCAGUACAAUACUUGUCGUAAAAAUCUGAUUUAAUUGUCAAUUUCGGAUAAAUUGGACUGGAAAUGGGUCAGACACUUAAUAACUGCAGCAAUCUGAAAUUUAAAACUAAGUUUACUGCGCCAAAUUUUUCCAGGACGUUUCAGUAUAGGGAAUGGUACAAAACACAUUAUAAGCAAGGAAUAUCUAAAAUUAGAAGAAAACAAGAGUGGAUCCACUGUUGUUGUAACAACAAAUUCCCUUGGAAAUCAGUUGCUUUGUGGUAAUUUUUUGCCUUCUAACAAACAUGAUUUUACCUAAAAGUGCUUUAAGUAUAUGAGUUUAUUGAAAGCCCAUCCCUGCCAGCACAUUGCCCCUUCAUAGGCGGGGCUGGAAGGGGCUGGGUGGGGCCAGAGCCCCGCCUGCCAGCACAUGGCUCCUUCAUAGGCGGGGCUGGAGGGGGCUGGGCGGGGCCAGAGCCCCCUCUGGAUUGAAGCCUUUUGAAGCGUAUUUGCAUCGAAAGAUAUGUUCCAAAAGCACCACUUAUUGUACCUUCUUUGGAAUUUAAAGGAGCUAAUUUAUCAAAAUUGGCUUAUAAACCAUGGAGAAGGCAUCCGUUUACGCCCACUGAAUGUAGCUGCGGAUGAGCACAAUAUAUUGAGGUUUUGUUUAAGUCCCUCAUUGCGUAAACUCUUAUUUGUCCAUCGGUUUACAAUCUGUGUGUGUUAUUAAUUCGUAUAUUUGACAAUCGGGACGAUAUUUUAAAGUGGUGCCAAAAGUGGGCUGGGAUGUGGCGUCCCUUGCGCAUUUUUUUUCGCUGGCGGGGCUAGGCGGGGCUAUCGCGUUGCAUGCCCCGCCACAGCCCCCUCCACAGCCCCGCCUAGCCCCCUCAUAGCCCCCUCUAGCCCCGCCAUUAUUGAGGGGGCCAGGCGGGGCUAGGCGGGGCUGGUGCUGGCAGGGAUGAAACACCAUUUAUAAAAUUUUUUAUAUUAAUGAAACACAUCUAAAACAAAUAGAAUUGCCAGUGAAAAGACUCGUUGGCGAAGAAAAAAUGAACACUCACUCCACUUGAUCCAAAUGUUUAUUCAAAAUCUAUGUACGGAUGGGUUGCAUCGCCAAGGCUUCUGUCGCCUGCUCCAAAUGUGUAUGUCAUAUUAUGUUGAAGUUUAAUGAGUGCUAUCACUUCGAUUCGGGCAUGUCAAACGGCUUAGCUCAUGACGCGUCGGUUUUAACCUGGCCAAAUAUGUAAGGGAAUAACUGUCUACCAAUUAUUUAAACUUAAUCUUUCUAUUUUAAAGAUUUGAUGGAAAUAUUUUUUCUAAUCAAAACAGUACCAAAUCUAGCUCUUGCUCCCUGGUCUAUUUUCUACCCACAGUCUAUUUUACGUCCAAUUAUUUUUAUAUGGACAUAUUCAAGUUUUGAAUGUUUACUUUGUGGACGUUGUUAUACCAACAAUAUAACUCACUGCUAAGAGAAUGAAUAUAACUCAAGGUACUACGUUUCCCUACAAAGAAUACAUAAUUUGUUUGCAGGUGUCAUGUUAUAAGAAUGACUGUCACUGUCAAGCGGCAAAUUUUCUUAGCCAUGCUAGUGUUUUAAGUUUUAUGAGCUCAGUGCGUUUUUCUGACAUAUACAAAUUGCCUACUCUACAAUUCUUGAAAGUCCUGGGCAUCCAUCAGAGAAAGCUGAGACUCGACAUAAUCGGUUAUGUGUCUUAACGGGCUUGCGAAAAAUUUCAACAACUCGUUUCAUAUUUAAAUGAUAUAAAUGCCCAGUGGAAACGACUUCAGUGGGAAUCAAGAAGACCAAAAUCUUGGUGUUGCAGAAGACACUGGCACUAAGGCUACGCACUUGGGACCAGAUGCCAUUCACGCCUACCCGCUGCAGGAAAUAGCUAAUAUAUUUGGCUGUUUUCGAUUUCGCCUGCCAUACUAUUGCUGUCUACUAUUUAUUUAUUUUUUAUUCUGCCGAAUAGUGUUCUCGAGUUUCUUAUAUUGGAGCAUACUAAUGAUUAGUGAGCGGUGAGCGCCCCUUACCAAUGAUUAGUUUCCUAACAUUCGAAGCCCGUUAAUAUUCAUAUUUUCAGUUAUUCAAGGGCAUUAAUCAAAUGUUUGGAAGAUUACGGAAAACUGCCUGAUGUGCACUUAUGGACAUUGUUACUCUCACUGUUAUGUCACGAAAUGAAGGCACCAAGAUACAUUCUGUCAAAUGGUUUGCCCUUUCUGUCUGCACAAAUUGCACGUUUGUUUUUAUUAUAGUUAUUCUCCUUUUGCUUUUUCUAGAACAAGCUACCGAUCUAUUGUCUCUAUGAUAUUCACGGAGCAGUCUCACUAGUCUGCAUAACCUGGUACCGAGGCGAAAAGGGCUACUUUGAACAAGACUGCCCCGUACUUGCCAUUUGCUACGACGUUGGACGAUGCCAAAUAAUGAAAAAUGAAAAUGAUACAAGUGAGGUCCUUGUGUUACAGCGGUUGUGUUUAAGAGUUGUUUCUUGUGUCCUGCAAUAGUGACAUAAUGCAUUCAGGAAAAUUGCUAUCCGUACUCUCCCAAAACCUCACACGAGUAGUAGCAGUCCGCACCUGGCAUUGCGAGCCAAUUUUCGCAUACCUUCAUCCACAUCAUCCUUUAUUUAGCGCCGACGCUCCUUGAAACGGGCAUUCAUAUCACUUGCGCCGCUUGGAAUGAAAAUGGCUCAGUUCUGGCAGUUGGUGGACAACAAAAAUUUGCAUCUGGACAACAGCAGACCGAUCGCGGUCUAGGUGUUGUACAGUUUUACAACCCUCUUGGUGACGUAAGUUCUAAGUCACUACUGCAGUCUUCUGAAAGACAUUUUAGUUAUCAGCAAACAUUCAAAUAAUCCCUUAUUAUCAUCUUUGACAUUCGUGAAGUUUCAUGGCAUCAUGAAUUAUUUCUAACAUCACCUGUUUUUCGUGACGUCGGAAGCUUCCGGGCUUUCGCUUAGGGUAAGCUUUGUAGAAUAUAAUAGGUAUAUAUAUAUAUAUUAACUGCCUGACCAAUUGUGAGUAGGACGGCGGCCUCAACAGGGUUUUCACCCAAGCCAGGAGGAGAAGGACUUCAGUACAACUAACUGUCUAAAUUCCUAUGAUACGAGGCCACGACCGACUGUUUUGAGUCUUUUAUAUAGGGACUUAUGGAUCUUUCAUUAGAUCUUUCCUUCAUUAACAGUUGUUUCGAUUUCGCUUUAUCAUUCUUACUGCCAUAACAAUUGCUUAUUUAUAGCACUUGCAUACUCUGAGUGUACCUGGAAAACAGCCCUCGGCUUGCGCCUGGGAAGGUUCGGGUUCUCUUCGACUGGCCCUUGCUAUUGAUUCGUUCAUCUACUUCACAAACCUGAGGCCAAAAUAUCAGUGGGCUUAUUGCCGGAGUACUAGUACGCUUGUCUACGCCUUUACUAGGGCGGACACACAAGAAAGAUGCGUGAUGUUCUGGAACACCAAAAGAAACACGGUAAGCUACAGACUGUCAGCUGAAGGACUAUGUAAAUUUUAAUCCUGUCAUUAGGCCUACUAAAACACAACUAGUAGGCUAAUUAAUGUAUUCUAAGCUGUACGAUUGGACGCUGCCGCACCUGCCAUCGUACUAAAGUACUGCUGAAUUGAUGCUUGGUUUCGUUUAUUUUGGUGUUUGUCUAGACUGAAUCCUGUCACCAGAAAAGUAAUCGGAAAAAUUUAAUACUGACAAUAGUGAAAAUAGAAUUCUCAGGUAGCAUGACCUAAGAACUGGAAGUGAUUAUAAGAUUGGUCCAAAAACUGAUUUCCAACACUUUUGUGUGACUCGCAAUUGUUUCUAUUUUCUAAUGAACAUCUUAAAUUUUCUUUGAACUGCUCUGACUACUGUUUGAUUUGAUUUACCGAUGGUUACUUAUUUUCUACUCUGAUCUACUAGGGCGAUGUUCUUCAUGUUGGAAAGUCGUUGUUUAUGACUUUGGCAAACAUCACAUUUGUUUCCGCAAGUCGCAAACCCUUAAAUAAUUUAAGGUCUUUCGAUUAACUGCGGUUUCCAGUUAAGAACAUCCGUCAAAAAAUAGUUUCGAAAGCCGCUUUUUUAAACUUUAUGCCAUCAUUGCCGAGACCCUGGCUGAUCUUUUCAAGUUGAGACACAAGUACACACUUUUAACCGUCUUUUUCCUCGUGCAUUCGUACUUACCGGACUCCUUCUUCAACCGAAUUUCGCACACCUGAUUAGGCGUCCUCAUACCGAUCUAGAGACAAAAAUAACCUGUGCUGCAACUCAUUCCUAUGCGGACAUGAUGCGUUUCCAAUGCUCCAUCAAUCUUUCGUUUGCUUUGGAGGCUUUGAAGAGUAAUGAAGUAAUAAUGAGACCAAAAACUGUUAUGGCACCACUCUUACAAAGUUGGUUAUGACUGACGGCUGCAUCUAGGAGAUCUUUAAGACUGGUUAUUAACCACUAUAAAUUACACGAAUUAGUUACUUCAGUAGCUAUUUUGGACAGUCGAAAACGUGGUGGGUUUUUGUACAAGUACUGCGACAACCCUGACACAGCUGCUUCUAUCCAGCGUGUCUCUCGCUUGUUGUUUAUGAUGGUGAAUCGCUUCUGUUCUUCUCCUUACGAUCCGCGUCUAUCAAAACAUGCAAAAUGGAGCAUCUGGUUUUCAUAAAAAUCUCCUUUUUAUUGUAGACCUGUAUUCAGUCCAUCCCAAACCUCAUAGCUAUCGCCGGUAACGACGAACACUGUUGCAUCGCCAGCAAGAUUGGCUCCUCAGCGGCAUCAGUGAGUUUUAAAUACGUUUUACACCUCAAGAAAAGCCUGAAUAUUUUUAAUUGGACAGUGAACGCUAGAAAACCCUCCUGAGACUUAAACGAUCAACAGUCGCCGCAAGCAUGUUUCGCGAAUCGAAAUCCAAGUGGUUAAACCUGAGGGUAGUGUCAUGAUUGCGUCCAAGUCCCCAGACGGUCAUUGAGAUCCGUCCAGAAAUGGUCUAUAAGCGAGUUCAGUCUCAUGCAUCGAUGGGUCAGUUAUCGACCAGUCAUGGGGAGAACUUUGUACUCGUCGGCAGUAGAAGCUUUAAACUCGCCAAUAACCCCUCCAACCUUUAUGUGCUCCGAGGUGCCCGGACAGGGGCGCCACCGUCAGUCACUUACGUCAAAGGACAGUCGCAACCUUUUUGAGACGCCCACAAAUCUAGUGAAAUAAAUCGGCUGGUUUUCUGAUUGGUCCACUGUUGUACCAAUUUCAACCUCUGCAACUAUGAUAUGUGUCCUCGAGGACUGGUAGUCAACUUUUCCUAUGUACCACCUACCAUAGCCACCACUCUGGACACGAGUUGUGAAUUCAGCAUCAUAGUCUCGCUGACAGGGGUGUUUAUCAUAAGGCGUGUUUGAACCACUCAUACCAUCGGCCAGCCCACAGUUUAGUUUUAGCAGAAAAAAUAAGACUUCGUCUCAUAACCUAGUACAUGCGCAGCGAAAAGACCGAAGGUCUAACUCUGUCGCAUCUCCGUAUCUACGUUACGCUAACACGUCACAUCGGAUCUCCUUCGGCUUUUGUCGUCAACUGUAUCACGCAUGCCGACUGUCUGUUAGGACAGUUUUCAGUGUCAAACAGAACAUGGUGACUGAAACAGGCUCAAGAGGAAACGCAUUUCAUCUGUCACUUCCCAGGAACAAGGUUGUGUUUCGCAUCUGAUUGCGCCGCUGUGUGGGGAAGUCUGAGGCACAGCGUGGCAUAGAACCUCUUCCGGCGAUGAAGCAAGCUCUCAAAAACAUUUUAUCGUGCCCCAAAAACCAAGAAGACACCCUGCUCAUCGAGGGGCUCAAAUUUGUCUAAAUUAAUGUCGACCCCCUGUUUUUCAACUUUGAACGACCGCCCUCCAGGCGUUCACCGAUCCAAAUAACGGAAUGGUUUCAUCAGCAGAGACAUCACGAUUGCUAUCGCACGCUUUCAGCCUUGGGGCCCGAUCAGGUCACAGGGUCGAUAAACGACAGGCACAAUCUGGGAGAUUUGUGGACGCUCUAGUAAGGCGCGUUGGCGACACGGCACUGCCCAAUUUACAGAAUCGAAUGGACGAUUAGAAACGAUUUCAUUGAUCGAUUAUCUGCCAAUCCAUCGGUCAUCAUCUUAAACAGGACGCAGUUAGGCCAUGGGCUUGUAGCGAGUAAUAAUCAAUUAAUCUCUGAUCAAAUUCAGGAUCAUGCUCAACUAUGUGGGUGGAGAAAAUCGUGAAAUUCUGUAAGUGAGGAGUGAAGGGCUUACACGAUUCGGGAACACUGGUCUCAGUGUAACCUCAGGGUGAGGACCCAUUCCGUUUUAAUCCUGGAGGCUCCAUCAGAGAUCUCCUGCACUGCAGCCCUAGUUAUACCAAUAAAUAAAUAUUCCUUUUGUCCCAAGCGGCAAGCGCUGCAGACACUGAGAUGACAGUUUCGUGACUUGACAGACAUUCGUCCUGUCAAAGUCCCCACCACCGGAAGACCCAGCUGGUCUCGAUUGGGCCGGUGGCCUAUCCCCUCAGUACUCUUCGAUGUUUGAAUUGCAUUUCAAGAGAAGGCGCACGAUAAAGUUAAUUACUACAAAAGAAUGACGGCAGAUGAACUGCUCCCAACUGAUGUCAAGGCCAAUAAUUUGAUGUUGCAUCUGAACAUGCAGACGGCUUACGCCAGAGUGUGUUGGCGUCAGUUCAGUUCAGUUUAAUGAGGGAAAUGUAGGUCCUCACCUUUGAACUCCCUAUUUGUUUACAAACAACUGCGAAAUCUCAAAAACUCGAAAAGGUAUCAUAAAGGAACAAAUAAUCGGAAAAGCGUCAGGUCUGUACAGACAAACAAACUGUCUCGAAUUUUAAUGUUAUGAGCAGUUGUAGAGCUGUCGUUUCGAGUGCAGCGAAAUAAAUAAUAUAUCCGGUGACAAAAUUUGCAUAUGUGCAUGUCAGUAAGCGUAGGCGAUGAGUUGGCACAAUAAUAAAUUCAAUUUAAAAUGUUACUGAAAUAUAGCAAGUAGCAUUAUAAUACCGGAAUUUUUCGAGGUUACAAAGAUCGGGGUGGUAAUUUAGUGGACACUGCUACACAAAUCCAGCUUCCUCUUAAAGACCUCGACUGAAGCAGGCAUAACGAUAUCCACAGGCAGGGCAUUACAGGCUUCCAGCACUCUGUUGGAGAAGAAGAACUUUCGUGUGUCCAGUCUGGCCCCUGUCACACGUAGUUUGAAUGGGUGGACUCGUUGAUUUGUGGUGGUUGCUAACUCGAAGAAGUCCCCCCGUACGAGGGUACAGUCCUGACCUCGUAUGAUACGGAAGGCUUGUAUCAGGUCACCCCGUAACUGCCUGUUUAACUGUCAUGUUUAACUGGGUGUUAUUUAUCAGUCAAUCGGUGUCAAGUCGGGAGGCGGGUGUAGCGCUAGCAACAUGAUGAGUUACCAUCCAUCGCGACAACCGGCUCAGUGGAUGAACAAUUUGCGCUUGUGUGACGUUCCAAAAGAUAAUAGCAUACAUAAGUAAAUAUUUUGGAAUAUUUUUUGUUUAUCAGCUGUAAGGGGACAUAACGCAGUAGAACGGACGUCCAGUAUUCACAUUUUAGGCAUGGGCAUCUAAUAGAGGUGUUUGAGGAUGCGUCUGCGAUAAACGGCAGGGUCUCAAAUGGUCGUCUAGUCAAUGAAAUCUCCCUAACUAAACCAUCUUCACCUGCAACAGAAGCGGAAUAUCGUAUCCAAGGCGCUUCUUCGAUAUUUCUAACAAAAAUUCAAGGACUUGGUGCUCGAUCAGUUUUAUUCUUCAUUCCUGUGCACAUCUGGAACUCAAACAUUCGCCUCCAUCCGUUUAUCUUGCUUGUUUGGUUUGCGCAAACACUUGGGAGCACAUUCGCUUAUGAAGUGACAGCCCAGAAACUCAUGUACGACCAAUCGCCGACAGUUAGCUUGGAAAAACUUGGAAAACUGUGAGUUGGGCUGAAUGAGAACUAUGCAUGACGAUGGGAAAUUCUUCCGUCAAUGCUUUAAGUCCAAUUGCCGUCCAUACCAAGGGAAGUAUAGUCAAAAUAUACAAGGUAGACCAGAACGAAUAUUCCUUACCCGUUACCAUAGUAAGUCACUGACCUUGAAGACCUGACGUUCGGAUCGGGGUCCGCUUGAUCGUUGGAAUGGAUGACCUACAAGUGGAGCUUCUUCCUCACGCUAUGAUGGUUUCUAUCUGGAAUAGACGAAAUCCCACGACUGUACAAUCCAGCGACUUCAUCUACAUGCGGGAGGGGAGGUGGAGGUUAGUUUUGCCUUGGGAUCACUGUCUAAAAGCCUCACAGGCGGCCGAACCGCGGCUACCGGUGAUAUUCAAUUUUCAGACGUUGCCGGUUUAUAGGUUGGAGGUUAAAGGCACCGGUAUCCCUGUGUCCAUCGUCACAAUAGUUUUAGUACACAGAAGAUAUUGCUGAAAACGUCAUAGUAGAAUCGCCAUUUUGAUUUGAAUACUUCUCUCUACCGUUUCCAAUGGGGUUUUCAGAGGGAACGCCCAUUACCCUAAAAUAUACAAAACUGUGGAAGGAGUUCCGACAUUGAACCCUAAACCCCAACGGAAUAGGCAUGUCCGACAACCCUGUUGGUGAACGCAUUUCCAGUCCCCCUGUCUUGCUCGGUAACUCUCCCUGACUAGUACUUACGCUUCGUUAUGCGAGAGUUUGCAGGGACCCCAGAUCCAAAAAUUCCGAGGCCUGAUAGAAUCGAUCUGUAGUCUGUCCUGAAAUCGGGAUAAACAGUUGAAGUCUACUCCCGCGGAAAACUUACUCCCCUCGUAGGUUCGAAUUUUCCUAGCCUUGCGUUCUUGCCAUUUUCAUUUUAGUUCAGGAUUGCCAUCUACAACAGCCUGGGCUCCAUUAUGGACAGCAAGACAGUAAAGGUGGAGCCGAAGUGCCUUGCCAUGGCCGGCGGCUACGUCAUCAUCGCGGAUAGCUCACUGAUCCACCUGUGGCAAUUCAAAAACCCCAAAACCCUCUUUGGCAUGGGUGCCGCCAUUCACGUUCGCAAUAAACAACGAGAAGGUCUGGAGCGGUAAGUCGAACGUUGCGCUCCAUAGCUGUUUUACCGCUGACAGUGAUAUCGUUGGUCCAAACUGCUCCUGUGGGGUUUGUAUGCGAUAAAAGUAAUUAGAGGAGACCUGACGCGUUUGGCGCUUGCCGGUGUCCGCUCUCUGUCUGCAGUUUUACGAUGACUCGCGUUAAUGGGAUUCGUUAGCCUGACAAUGCGUGAGCCUACGUGCCUAUUCGAAGUACACACACCGUGACCACUCAUCUAGUUAUUGAUUAGGGAGGUUUCACACAGACCAAAUAGGGUAGAUGGCGCAGGUGGCUGGCGCGCCCACGUCUAGGCGUGUCGCCACACAUGCUACUUAAAUACAAGGCUGAUUUGAAUGGUUAUUCCCGGCAUAUUUGCCGUUACCAAUUAGUCACACUCCUCAGGCCAGGGCAGCCUGUGCUUUAAACCCAGGCUUAUUCGUCAUCGUGUCAAGGUUAGGUGGGCCAGAAUUAGGGUUUUCACUAUGGCGGGGGGCUUAAGCAUGGGAUUAAAGUUAAAGUUCGGGUCAGAGCUAGGAAGUAUAGUAUAGUGUUGCUAGGGUAAUAGGCCAUGUCCUCGAUGGCCCUAUUGACAACAGUACAUAUAACGUUAAUUUUAUACACACAUGUUACUUAAAUGUUGCCAGUAAUAUAUUCGUUAUCGAAAACCAUAUAUACUGUGCGGAACUGCGAUGGUUACGACAGACGGUCCUUUCCAUGUACAUUUGAGAUUAUAAGCGCAAUUGUAUAGAAUUGGCACAAAAUGUAAUCAUUGGUGUGGUUUUCGGAAGGAAAUUGCAUCAAAAGUGCAGGGAUGCCUUACAUAGGAAGUGAAAUUAGGAACUAAAGUACAUGGCUGGCUGCAGAUAGUCCUGCGGUGUCGUCGUUUAUCAAAGAUCACACAAUCCAACUACCAUUUGAAUAUAACCAUUGUGUCACCUGUCGCUAUUUCACUUGGGAGUGAGUUUCAGGGUCGUGCCACACGCUGACUAAAGGAAAGCUACCGAUGGUCUAGGCGUGUACGCUCCCUUUUGACCUCGUACGGAUGACCGCUCAGGUGACUCAUGAUCGUGAAGUCAACGAAAUCUUCAGAUUUGAGUAAGCAGUCAUGCUCGCAGAUAAUGCGGAGUGUCCAUAACAGGUCACAUCUAAUUUGUCUAUAGGAUAGGGGGAAUAAAUUAAGCUGUAUAUUACAGAAUUCUGAGGCUGUCCACUAAUUUUGUCAUCCGUCGUGCAUCUGCUUUAUGGCAUCACUGUCCUUCUUCAUCCAGGGCAUUCAGGUUGGCAUUCCAUAUUCUAAAUGCGAUCUGACGAACGUACUGAAUAUCGUCAAAAAGAGUUCGGGAGGGAAGACAACGAAGGCAGGCCUAAUCCAGUGCAUGAUGCUAGUUGAAUAUUGGAUGGCUCUUUUGCAGUGCUCGGAGGGCAGCAAGUUUGAACUUGUCCAGCCACCUAGGUCUUUGUUCGUGCCCACUUCUUUUAGUGGAACCCCAUUUAUGUUGUACUCGUGUUUUGAGAAGCACUCCCGACCAUAUUCUAGGCGCAAGGCUACCCAGUUGGGUACAUUAAACGCUAGAAGCCAUUUGCUGGACCAUGCAGCCAACUUAUCAACAUCUUCCUGUGGUUUCUGCUCAUCUUCAACACAGCUAGUUGUUUUCCAGAUCUUUGUAUCAUCGACAAACAUGGUGGCAUCGCAUUCAAGAUCUCAAGUUCAGUCGUUUAUAUAGAUGAGGAAGAGGAGAGGACGCAAGACCGAACCCUGUGGAAGGCCGCUUUCUGCUGGCACCCAUUCGGAUGCAAUGGUACUAAAAUUGCUCUUCAGAGGGUAAGAGUUAAAGUUGGGACACAAAAUGAGGUGCCUCCUGGAACUGACCGCAAGACCAUAUGUCGUACGGGGGGGUCCCUAUUUACGUGUCUGACCCACAUUUCCAAAUGAAUGGGCAGGACGCCUUCUGUUAAGUCGUUCAGAUCAAACAAAACCCCUUUUGGGGUGGGGGGCGUUGGAAAUGGGUGACCAUCUACCACCAGACGAGAAAGGAGGUGAGGAGUUCGAGGCAACGUCUAUUUUGUGUUCAUUCUGGCCGGAUUUCCGACCAGUAUCUGGGUGAAUAUAUCGUAAUUUCUGGAGAAGGGUAUGCAAUCACGCGAGACUCGCACUUUUACUAAAGCACGCCAUCGAAGUUUAUCGACAUGAAAAACGGGCAUUCCAAGAAACUCAUGUAGGAAGAGGUGAUACUCUUUUGAAUGAAAUAGCUCUUAUUGCGUAACCUUUCGAGGCUGCUUCUCUAGCUUGCCAUCGGCCAUACUAACUCAUGAAAUGUCAACCGAAAUUCCGAAAUGCGCUUUAGUUUCAAAAAGAUUAAUUAAAUGGGGUUGUAAAACUAAUCAGUCUGCAGUAUAAUUCUAUAAUAAAUCAGUUACCCCAGAAUGCUGGCUUUCGAACGAACUUCCUUCUGGAUGCAUACAAAAAUAUACUCUGUAAAAAAGGAAUACUUAAGUAGCAUACAUUUUUCUCAUUGAUUUUGGAUGCCCCUAGAAGCCCAACGGUGUUUCAUGACAAAAAUAAAUAAAAAUAUUCAAUCUUCCGCUCAGCCGGUAGAAAAGUACGUCUUCUUCCAAUUGUGUACUCUAUGGAAGGGUAUCAUUCGGUUUUCAAAAACUUUUCUAAUUUCCGAGUACUUUUGAACCCGCUCUGCCGUCACACUUGCAUUCAGGGUUUCCAAACUACAAGCCAUGUACUUUCCGCGUACGGAAAACCACACAUUUCUCUACGGUAAUAAAGGGGGACCAUAUAUGGUUUAUAAAAUUUGGCAGUGAAUUUGAUCUUUAUUGUUAACUUUCUAAGCCACAUUGGUAAAUGAAGAGACAUGACGAUUUAUGAACGGGCAUUUCAUGGUAUUUAAAAAUCCCCUAAUUAGGAACUUUUAAAACCGGAUUAUGUCCACCCUUCGAGUAUAACAUCAGAGGUAGACGUAAUUUUCUACCGAAUGAGCGAAAGAAUGAAUAUUUUUAUGCAUGUUUUCCAUGAAAUAUAAUUGGACAUUUAGGGGCAUCGACAAUCAAUGAGAAAAUGCAUGCUACUUUAGUAGUCAUUUUUUACAGAGUAUAGUUUUUGUAUGCAGUCGGACGGAAGUUCUUUCUAAAGCCACCAUCCCUGGGUAACGGAAUCGUUAUAGAAUUAUACUGUCGACUGAUUAGUCUUACAACCCUACCUAAUUAAUCUUUUCGAAACGAAAACGCAUUUCGGAAUUUCGGUCGGCAUUUCAUGAGUUAGCCCACCUACUGUAUGGGUCAUGUGCAAAAGCAGAUGGCUAUGUAAUCGUGCCUAACAGACGAUUCUGUGUUUAGCUUAAGCUUGCCCCAAUGGGAGCCAGUUACAGCUCCUCGUCCUGUCGACAUUGGCUUCGCUUAUUGCCAUUUGUCAUUGAGAAAUUUGCAUACCCAUUGAUCCAUACUUUACCUGAGUGCACUGCCUCGAGGAUGUCACUGCCUCAUUGGGAAUUUGUCAACAAUGCAAGCGUCCUUACGGGCAAAUCUGUUUUCAGUGUCCAUUGUGUGCACGGCCACCUGGGAUAGAUGAUCUCGUCUCCUUACCGCUAACUGAUGUUCGAGUAUACAAGUGGAGACGAAUUCCCCAGUUUGACCACAAUAUAAGGCCUCCCAAAUAGGACAUGAGACUUCGUAGACAACGUCUUUUCAAGGAGUAGACUGUCCAAGUUGUAUGUGUGAGACAGUUGCGGCCUAGUGUCCCAAUUUUUAUGAUGUUUUUUUCAGAUGUCUCAGAUAAUUUUUUACAUAUGUGAGAAAUCUCCGGAUGAUUAUUUAUGUGCCUGGGUGACCGUUACUUUCAAGAUACUUUUCUCUUCGAGCUCUUGAUGUUUUAUGCGCUGAUGCACAAAAUCAGAGCCAAUUAUUUUGAGAAAACAAAUUGGAAAGGUAUUUCAGUCCUGUUUGUUAGCUUUCUCUAUCAAUCGAAUGCGUUUGGACUCGAUUAAGCAGGCUGUAAACGGUACCCCGUUUGUAAAAGGCAUGAUGGUUACUCUCAAAAUGUAGGAAUACUUCUGAAUGUGUCUUUUUACGAUAAAAUGAUGCAUGAAAUUCUCCGGCAGUUCUUCGAUGAUGAGACAGCUAAGUGCUUCUCGCGGAAAGGCAUUAGAUUGCAGCUGUUGAGUUCCGCUUUCCUACUGCGACCCCAGGUGGGUUUAAGACACAUAACAUUUCUUUUAUUAAAGCCAAGGGAAGAAGUCGACUUUCCGAGUUGUUUUCUUGUCAUCCAGGAGUGAUGUUAAGGUGAUUUUAUCUCCCCCCCCCCCCACUUGAACAGAAUGGCGCACAUCGACCAAAGGGAGAGCGCCAGCAACCUCUCUAAAAUGGGUAUCCUAGAUGUAGACAAGCCACAGACUCCGGAUUUGGGUCUUUUGGCUGCACCUUCCACAAAGGACCCCAUUGCAGCCGUUGCUACCAGCGGCAGCCGACACCUCUUCGUUGCUCGUUGCAGUGGCGAAGUGGUGCGUUACCGUCUUCCUGACCUCUGGUUCGAUCUGGCCUUCCAGGCGACAGAGAAGCGUCCAAACCGCAUCGAGGUGAACGCCGACGCAUCGUAAGUCAAGUUAACCUUCUGGCCCUCCCUCUCUCUGAAUUAUGCCCUUCAACUGCUCAUUCACGCACCUAGCACCGCCCGCCAAAAAUGAGCUACGCUUGUCAAGUUAAAGACUGGGUGUGAACAUAACAGUCAACGAGCGAUCUCAUGAAAGGUUUGCCGAAAUUCUGAAAUGCGUUUUCGACCAGGAGGGAGUACCUACGUGGGGUUGUAAGAUUGACUACUGUCUACCAUAAUCCCAUGGUAUUUCGGACUCGCCAGGAUGUUAACUUUUGAAUGCACUUACUUUUUGAUCGCCUCUAAAAGACCCACGCGAUAAAAAUAAUUACAUAAAUGGUAAGGAUUUUACCGAUUGUUUACAUUUGAAUUGUUAUAAAUUUAGAUACAUUUCAUAGGGAAAAUACACAAAAUAUCCCUUCUUAUACACAUUUAGUAACAAAUCACGUAGUCUUGAAGUUCAAUAUUCGAAGAAAGUGUUUUUUCAAUUUUUAAUAGAUUCUCAAUUAUGAUGUUUUUUUUAAGAGCGUGCGAUGUUCAUUCAAAUCGCAUAGCAUCCGUCCGUCUAACAAUGUCCCUCAUGAAUAAGACAACACGGUCCGUGUCCAUUACAAAAUUUUAUGAGCACUAUAUAGUAUCUUCUUAAAGGCAUAGAAGGAUUAUGAUUUCUUUACGCAGAAGGUAUACACCUUAUGGACACAGAUACAAUGGCAAAUUAUACUCAAAAUUAUUGGAAAAUUAAAAGACUUAUUUUGAACCCAAAUAUGCCCCUCCUUUGAGUACACAAUUAGGAGAAAACGUGAUUGUCUACCAGAUGUGUAUGAGAAAGAAUAUUUUUGUGUAUUUUCCCUAUGAAAUGUAUUUAAAUGUAUAAGAGCAUCGAUAAACAAUUGGAAAAAUCCUUACCAUUUAGGUGAUUAUUUUUUAUCGCGUGGGGCUUCUAGAGGCGAUUGAAAAUAAGCGCAUUUAGAAGUUAACAUCCUGGCGAGUCCGAAAUAUCAUGAUGUACACUAGUCAAUCUUACAACCCCACGUAAGUACUCCUUCCUGGUCGAAAACGCAUUUCAGAAUUUCGGCAAACUUUUCAUGAGAUCGGUCACUGGCUUUAAACUACUUUUCUAACACCCUCAAAAAAACCACAGUCCUCGCGGCUGACUUCUUGGCGACGCUGAGCGAUAUUCUCGACUGGAUGACUGUUCGGUGAGCAUUACCAACCGAUCGAACUGGUAGUCUGGUGGACUGAUAGCCGAUAUGCGCACUACAGGCCGGAUAUGUUUGGACAUGGUGUGUGCUGCGCAACAUAGGUGUGUUUGUACUGAAUACAGAGCUUUGCGUUGUCCCCUCAGGCUAAAGUGGCCGCCGGCGAAGCUAGGGCUGGUGUUGAAUGCGUCCAGUCAUGCCUGAUAAUUCGUGGGACUGUGAUAGCAACUGCUUUCGUAGGUUUGUUGGGCAAAUUGAAGUAGUGUUCAGCUGGUGGGUGUUAAGUUUGUCGAGAAGUGGCGUUCAAAUGGCAGAGGAGGGGGAGGGGAGUAAGGGACGGGGUGGUCUGUUCAGGUGGCGCAUGAGGAACUGCGAUUGUGUAGGCGCACGUGUGUCCAAGUCGAAAAAUGGUCGAGUGGCUGCAAGUCAGCGCGUCUGGGAUCGUUUGCUGUGAAGUUGAAUGAUCUUGACGCAACGGGACGCCAGACACGGCCAUGAUGCACUCAUCCGCUCCCUUCCCCCCUCUCUCUAGCCCUCACUGUCUCCUGACUCACUCUCUUGGUACCUCUUCCUACUCUCACACCUUACACGCAUGAAAAGACGAACUGUAAUGGAUUUUCCUUAUCGCUAACAUGUUUUACUUGUACUCCGUUCCGAUAUAAAUUUACUGGUCCGACGAUAAUUACUAGACGGUUAUUCGUUCAUGGCGGUCGACGAGGCGACCCUUAUUGCAAUGCUGCGUCCGCCUGGCUUAUGGUAUACUUACGCAGCCUCUAUACACUGCAGCAUUUUAGUAUGAUAAAUUUACCUCGCCCUUCUUCUCCUGUAGACCGGUUGGUUCCCACAACUUGAAUCUUCACGAGUGCAACUUUGCCUUUCUAUGCCUCCCAUUACACAAAUUACACAUUACAUGUUACUAAAAUGAAAAUAGUAGUUCUUAUAAACUCGUCAAACCUGUAUGGGCAAAAAUUAAAAAUUUCGGAUCUGCAAAGGCUUGUUAGAUCGGACAGUUAAAACACCAAUGUCUAUUCUGACUUUUCUGUUCUCAUCUGCGAGUUAUUAUGUGCUCUACAUCAAAUUGCUCGAUAGGAGAGUGAGAGGCACGCCCAGUACUUUGCAUUAUGAGACAGGGCAGUAUUUUUUAGCUGUAAUGCGCAGUCUGGAUGCGUCUACCCUACCCCAAAGGAAGCACCCAACCUGUUAACACCUAAAAACGCCAAUAUUGAAUUUAAUAGUUUUAAGCAAAAGGAGGGCUGAUAAAUUGUUUUGUUUGUGCCAAUUGAAAGCCCGUUUCUAUUCUUCAACUGACUCCCUUAACCUUCUGAAAGCAUCCUAGGACUGAUUGAUGAACACGGUAUACUCACUCUACACGAGGUGCCUGAUGGUCAGGAGGAGAAUGCGACCUCUCAGAAGGAUCAGGUCUUGUUUGACAACUUUCUUCGCAAGGAUGUAUGGGAUCUGAAAUUUUCUGAGGUAAGGGCAGUAGUUGCAGUAUGCAUUGAAAGUUGUACUAAAGGAUUAAAUUCAUCGACGGAGUGAAAAAGAGUUGCGAAAAUGGAAGAAAACGUUGUUUUACAAUGCAUUAGAAGGUCUGCUGAAUAUUUACUUAUUUCGUCUUUGAAGGACGACGCAAAAAUGUUUGUCGCAAUGGAGAAGACAAAAAUGUUCAUUUUCCACGGUGUGGAGGCUGAACCGGCUAUACAGACGUCGGCAUACAUUGCCGGUUUCCGUGAUCUUGAGGUACUCGGGGUACUGCUAGACGACCUCAUUCAACAGGCCGAUCAGCCGAAAUUGAAUUCAAUCUCGAACAUACCUGUAAAGGUGAGUUACCCCAUGCCUACCUACAUAAAAUCUCACGACUAUUUGAUGGAAUUUUUCCCUGUCCUGUUGUCUGCAAAUGGAGUUGAGCACAGGGUUUAAUAUUCACAAGUCCAAAAGAUUUCAGGGCAAUUUUAUUAUCGAGUGUUUGUACCCAUUUUAAUUGAGAGACAGCGGUGUCGUGACUCUUGAAGGCAAGCAUUUACAAAAAAGGAGCUUACUCAUUUGAAAACAGUUCAUAAUCAUGUUUUUUUGAUAUCAGGAUGUACAAUACUAGCCGCAGACCCGCUCACGGACUCAGGAUGGUGGUCCAGGCCAUGGUCGGCUGAAUUCAGACAGAACAAGUCCAGGACAGUUUUAUGCCAAUAUUCCUCCACGUCUUCACAACGACAGACAGCUUUAAGGAGAAGAUGGGCUCACAGGAACAGGUUUAUUUAGGUGUUGAAGUUUCGAUUAAGUGCACUUUACGCUUAGACACUGAGGAGCCGACCAAGCUCUUCAAAACGUCAGCACCUAAAUAAACCUGUUACGGUGAGCCCAUCUUUUUCUUCAAAAGGUCAAGCCGGAUCUCUCAACCUUGUCAAUUUGAGCGGACAAAAUGAUUGUGCUGUUCCUCCAACCUAAAGGGACUAAGCUUCUGGUCUAAACGGAUGCCCUUAUUCGACCCAUAUGGAAUACAUAGAGUCGAACUGCCGGACGAAAAUAGCUUCGAAGCACAUUUGAUGAAAGUUGGGAUUUAAUAAAAAAAUACUGUUUCUUUCCCUCCUCCAAUGCCAACUAUGAGAGUAUUUUUACCCUUCUUGAAUUCCGAAAUGUCUGACUGAAAUUCACAUAUCACCGAACCAUCGUUCGUAAAGUUAUGCCCUUUUGCAUUAUAACUGCCAGAACCUAUACGAUACAUUGCUUUAAGGAGAUCUGUCAAUAAUUAUGAAGCGUGCACACAAUUCUAAUUCGAAAGAGGGCUCUUAAUAACAUUUGUUCGCGUAGCCAAAUGUUAAACAAUGAGAACUCUAAACUUCCUCAUCUCCCAAUUGAGGCAGAGGGGCUUUUCUCGUCAAUUUACCACCUGAAUCAUAGCUCUUUAUGACUGGUAGGUCCUCUGUAUCAGUGUACCAGGAAACCAGACCAACAUGAUGACAGUCUAAAGACACAUCAAUGUGAAUCAUGUUGCGACCAGAGGCGACGAGGAUGAACUUCGCCAGUCGUAUCGAUUUAACGUCAUUAGUCCAUUUCGUCUGCUAAAGGUCGGUCAGGGCUCCUGCUAACCGUAUCUAAUGAGACAUUGUAAUAACUAAUAAACAUGCUACUCACGUUUCUCAGUAACUCAUUUUCUUAACACGAACUUUGACUUAUUGAAUGCAAGUGCCGUGGAGGUACUGUUCGCUUUUAUUUUGCAAAUUCUUCACCCAUUUAACGCGCCUGUUCUAUUCCCUGUCUUAUGCAGUUAGCAUACUAGAAAUUACCUGUAAAAUAUUUUUAACUUAAUUACUUUUUUUCAGACUUUUACCAUUUAGAUGCAGAUUUCAAGGAUUUCAGUCAUUUAAUCCAAAUUGAUUGAUUGUUUGGACAUCUAGAGUACGUGACCUAUCUCAUGAAAUCUGAUAACGUGAACUGAUGCCAGAAUUUCUGGACGUCUUUAACGUUGCGCAUUUUGUUCGCACAUCCGCAUCCUUCAAUGAAAUGUCCUUUUCUUGUACAGAAAUUGUGUUUACGUAAUUAUAUCAAUUAAAAUAUCAGUGAAUUUUAGCGUAAAUGGACGUUGGAAUAUAUUUGUGCAAUUUUCAAUGCUAAUACAUGUCGUAGACUGCGGUUAUGCAUCUGUGCGACUUUUUCAUCGAAGGGUUAGCAAUUUGCCCGCGAGAGUUUCAACAAAAAAAUUUAGCCGAACUUGAAAAUUUUAUUUGAUGUCGCUGUUAACCGCGGUAAGCAACCUGCUAACACAAAGGUGAUUUUAAGAAAACCAGAGGUUUCAUCAAUUCCUAAAUGUAAGUAUGUGUUUCAGGCCCUUAACGACUGUCGAAUAUUACUCGAAAACAACACGCUUGAGAAGGCUAAGGCCUUUGUUGAAGAGAAUCCCCAUCCACGUUUAUGGUGAGUUCCACAAAAAACGUCAUGUUCAUAAAAGUCUUCUUGACAAGUGAAUGAAUAUAAAUUAGGACAUUUACGAUUUUUUGGAGAGGAGAGAGACUUUUUCGACAACCGUCUCAUGUCCAUUCACCGAAUCAGAACGAACUCCACGUACCAUCUUAGGUCCUUUUGGGGAAGUACAGUAAGCCACUUAGACGGCUAUCAUCAAUCGUUAAGGGUUCCGUCCAGCGGUCUGGCUGUAAAGGUAAUGAUGUCAGAGCAGUCCGUAUGUUUGCGGAGGGCAGAUGUCCAGGGGAAGUAAAACAGGCGUAACGCGGCACUGAAAUUCUCGCAAGAAAGACACUUUUGGUCAUCCAUGGUCUCCAGAAAUCUCCGUUCUCAGAGCAAUUAAACUUUCGAAACAAAGACACCAGAAGGAAGGACAAACAGGUCAUGCCUUCAUAUGGGAGCGACUGCCAUGUGGAUGACUGACGAGAUGCCGGAUUCACCUUCUUCACCAGAAACGAUAAGUGGGGACUGAUUAUGAAGACCCACUGAGAAACUGACUGACCGGGACUCCUGUUAUAGGGAAAGGAUGUUCGUAUUGAUUUUAUCAGUACGGCAGAUGAACGCGGUAGUUAACGGGAUCUGCGGAAGGUAUUGAGAAGGCUUGUAGUUUACCAUAUGCUUGUUUUAUUACUCUAACAGCGUACUGAAACAGUCAGGUCGUUUGAAAGAUGUGAAGUUGGAGCGCGUAAACUGGCGGAAAACAGAAAAUGCAUGAUUAUUCCUUAAUGAUGUCUGACUCGGGUAAGAUGGUAGACCAUCGGACUUGAUAACGCUCGAUGACAAAAGAAGGUGCAUUUGGGGCUCAGACCCUGAAAACCUGCGAUUAGGUGUGGGUGGCUGACGAUAGCUAAGAGGCAAAAAAUUAUCGUCCCAGUCUCCGUCGUCCCUGGUUUAAAGAAACGGCAUAUUCUGGCGAUUAAAAUGUUGAAAACACAGUUUUAGCACGACAUUCGACACCGAGAAUCGAUAUGGUCUGUGGAAGAUCACGAUGAAAUAAGGGUGCACCGCAAGGCUCGCACUGAUUGUCGAAUAAUACCAUGACUAUAUGGUGGUCCAUUUUAUGGACAACAGACCAAUCCCAUUUCCCCUACCUCUCCUUCUUCUCAUAGUCUCCGCAAGUGUUUGUGUGUACCUCUUGUGAGGGAUGUCCAGGGGCUGGUAGCAAAUAUAAAACCAACUGGAGGUUACUUGAAAUUCGUCAUAAGUAUGCCACUGCGAAAACCCCAAUGACUAGGAUAAAAUGUCUGCUUUUGCCAAUGAUCGUGUGCCAAAAACUAUAAAUGGAAAGGGUUUACAGCGGAACCCGGACCUUGUCGCUUCCGGGGGCGUCAACUGCAGUCUAACCGUGAGUACAGAGAAAUUAGCUGUUAUGUUUUAUCAUGGUCAACAGUUGCGUCACCGAUGCGUACUGAAUAUCCUGUUUUGGAAGAAGCAUCUGAAGCAGCAUAUCAGAUCUCUAAAACCAACCAGGCAUUUAACAGGUCUUCAUCUUCCGCACUGAAUGACCAGAUAUUCUCCUCAACGUCGGACGGAGGAUAUACAGUACGGUAGUCUAGAAAGUUAUUUAUUAUUUCGCUGAGGCUUGGGGAAUCUACCAAAAUGCACAAAGAAAUCAAAUCACACCUAUUUAGUCUGCCCUUCGUGAAUACAGGAUAAACAUUGGCUAGAAUAGAGUCCCAAUACUCAGGUCAUGGAAUCUACUGGCACGUUAAGAAUCUUUAAGUUGAUUAAGGGAAUUUAACUCCAAUGAAACGAUCACGUCGCGAGGAUGAAUAGUGGGCACCCAACAAAGCCGCUCCUCCAUGGAGACGUUGCAUUAGGUAACGCUAAUUUGACCUUAAGCAGUGUUACAGGGACAUCUUGAAGAAUUUACUGACAUGCUUUGGAAUCUGUCAAAAACAAGAAAACGCUUUCGCUUAAUCAACAGGCAAAAUGACCUGCUAUAAAUUCUUAAAGAUUAGGCCUUGGAUUGCGUCACACCCAAGAUGUCAAGGUGAUGCGACAGGCACGCUAAGCUGGACAGCAUUGAACCAACACUCUUAAUGUCCUACCCCCGUCAGAAUUAAGGGCACCUGCGCACCUUAAAGAACGACGUGGUCUUAUUCGGUCGCCUAGCAGUCAAUUACCCGCAAUAACUGAAAAAGUAUCUAUAUAUGUCGGAGAAGAAGUGUACGUGACAGUAAUAAUGCAUUAUAUAACGAUAACUGGUUGUAAAAUAUCCAUCGGUUCCGGAGUCUGAGUGGAAGACGGAUCGUUGUUCUUCACUGUAAGACACAAAAACAAGACACUCAGCUCUUUUCCUCACUUCCCGCCUCCCCUUUUGCUUUUUUAAUUUCUUCGACGCAGACAAAGGAGUCAUAUUGGCUGCUACACACUGACGAGUUUUUAGCUGAAGCCGGAAUCUCGUCAUUCGAAUGACCAAAUCAUGUGUUACAAGCCAAAAACCAAGGUGAAAUGCCCGAUCAACCACUUUGCCCAAUUAAGUGGAUACUGCUGAAUGAGGAAGGAGCGAGUUUUAUCGGCGCGACAGAAAUUUUUCCCUUUCCCAUCCUCCAGUUCUUAAGUCAGUUUACACUGUUUGUUCAUUACAUUGCUAGGCGUUAGGCUGCGCAUAUUGCUGCCGUCGAGGUUGUAUUUCGGGAUGCGCCUCGGUUAUGUUUGGAAGAUUCUGUUCUGCAAAAGGUUUUCCACGUGGGUUUUCUAAGAAGUUUGGUGCCCUGUCAAGUCAGGCACCCAGGACCCUAGUGACCUUUGACAGCCAUACCAGCUACCUGCGGUCUCUCGUCUCUGAUAUUCUUGACUAUGUCCCUACACCGGACCCCGGUAUGGGAGGAGACGGUGCGAUAGAUGCUACGCAAGUCUUCUGUCAUUAUCACACGCGAGUCACCGUCCGUGCUCUCACCCUGCUAUAGAGAACGCGGUGGAAAUCGUCGAAAUCGACGGCCGAACUGUCGAAUAUGGCGCAUUUUUGAAGGCUGAUUGAGAGACGGCCGUUUGCUUCGGUAAAUCGUCCCUCAUCGGCGGGCAGGAUCUUUUUAAAACGUUUUUUCUUUCUGUUACAUCCGAAGGUCUCUAAUAGCGGAGGCGGCCCUAAACCAACUAAGUCUGGACACAGCAGAAGUAGCUUUUGUACACUGUCAAAAUUACCAAGGGAUCGAGUUUGUGAAGAGCCUCCGUAACAUGCAGUCAGAGAACGUCAGAAAGGUAAGAUAUAGAAUUGCAAGAAUUUUAUUUUUCUCUGUGCGACUUCGCUCAUCGCUUAGGCUUUCUAUCACGCCAGUCAUUUCGACCAAGCUCAUCUUCAGCGACCUAAUUUCAGCCCGCCACUGGAAGACAUGGGAAGGGGAUUCUGUUCAUACUUUUUGCUACAGAAAAUUCGAGCUGUUCUUGGCUAUCAGGACAAGCUAGACACGGUGGCUUUUUUGGCUCGCAUCUGACGAGAUACCUCGGACCUUCUCCAGAUUGGGGGUCCGACUUGCAUUGGCUUUUCUUCUGCUCUCACUGUUGUGGGGUCUGGGGUUAAUGAAGUAUGGUUUACGUGGGUUGAGGAAACAGAAGCCGUCUGGCGCGUUCAGACGGGACAACUGUCCGGUCAACGACUUUCACUAAGCUUAUCCACUGUCGCUGAUACCAUGUUUUGCGUUAGAAUAUGAAUUCUGCGCGAAUUGUCCUUGCUGUAAAUCACGCGCUGUUCGCCGCUGCUCGUAUAGGGCAGUAAUGAACAUUGUCGUUUGCCACGACCUGAGUUGAAUGUAUUAAAAACAUAAUCUUUCCUCCUAUCACCGGGACUUAUCAGAGAAUUAGAAGGCUUUGAAAGUUAUUGAGGACACCGAUUCAUCCAGAUUUGAAUAAACAGGAACUGUCAGCUGAGGUCUGUUUAACUCGCAAUAACUAAACUUCCAAAUAAGAACUACGUUUAUAAUCGAAGCAUUGUUUUCCUGGAAUGAAUUUGAAUAAGGACAUUGCAAAGCGGCAUCUUAAGAGAAAAGGCUGUUGAUGUGAUGAAAGCCGUUGUCAUUUCAAUCCGAUAACAACAAUAACGAAAACGGUAGUUAUUUUAUUAUCACAGUUGAUUUUUUCUACCUAUUGAUUUUCAGUAGAAAUUUAUUUUAGGCUGAGGUUAAGGCGUACUUCGGGGACUAUCAGGGUGCUGAAAAACUCUUUCUCAGCUCAGAUCGGUGCGACCUCGCGGUUGACCUUCGACGCCGUCUCGGGGAUUGGUUUAGAGUGGCCCAGUUGGCAAAGGAGUCCGGCGUGGUAGUUCGUGACAAAGAGCUCUCCGAGGUCUGGAUUGCGAUUGGUGAUCACUACUUCAGCAAACAAGACUGGUAGGCAAUUUGUUUCCGGGGGCCGAACGAACUUCCUGCUGUAGUCAAACAGAGGAGGAUUUUUACAGACUCAACCUAUGAAAAAAAGCUUUGCUGAGAGAAUUUUUUAUCGAGGGACACUAUCUUUGAAGUUUUAACUGGGGUUUAAGUUAACCUAAGUUCACAAUAAAUGUUGCAGCUCAACUAUUUUUCUCACAUUGAAUGGUUUUUUUAAAAUUUUCUUAUUACAUUUUGGAGUCAAACGGACGGAUUGUUGUCACACUAAAACAUGAGAACAUGACAGAAAUAGGGCGUAACAGAAGCGAACAUUCAGAGAGAUGUACGGACAGAUAUUGCAGCUCUAGUGUUAUCGUUAAUCCGGCUAGUCCUGAGUCUCUUUUCGUCCCCAGGAGGUAGUUAGUCGUGUGGACGGUUAUCUGCUCCUUGUAGAAGCUCCACACCCGUCGCAUUAUUUCCACCAAAUAUAUCAGAGGAAGAGAGAAAUCACGAUUUUCAGGAGAGAUGAUCUUUAUCCCAGAAAUUUAUUGCAGCCUGGAAACGUUUUUUUUAGGCCAAUUAGGACACUAAGAGGACUUUAUAAGGGGAGUUAGAAAAGUAUCUGGUGUUUAAUUCGGACGGACUUUUAGCAUCCGAAGAACCGUACUUGCUUCGUCGAAAUUCAAAUCUGAUCACCAUGGACUUUCAAGACGUCCUUGAGAAGACAAGGGUGCAAGUACUAGUUGGGGAUUUGCAGGGUUGUCCAUUGGUAGAAUAACAUUACCGACGAAGACAAGAAAAUAUUGUUUUGCCGCUGUGCGGCUGUUGGCCGGGCUCGAGAGAGAGAGCUCUAAGGCACAACGGGAAGAGUGAGUUCCGUAACGCGAUCGGUGAGCACCCUCCAACAGGGUUGUCCAUUAGAUGCUGCACGACCAGUCGAGUAUCAGCAUCGGAGCAUUCACGUUUUACGCGGUCACUGGGUAUCCUUUUUGUCGGGAAUUCUACUUCCAGAGACCUGACCACUGUGAGCACUUUCUGCUUUCAGUGUUCCUGCCGGCAUGCGACGUUCUAAUUUAAUUACGGUGCCAUUAUCAAAGGAAGCAAAUUGAAGACAAAUUCAAAGUUGUAUAUGCAUUAUGGACUUCAGUGGUCUUCACUGAGGGUUGUUCAUAGCAAAUUUAUUCGGGGAUUUACAGAAGACAAAAAAAAACCUUUCCCUUCUGUCUCCACUGUUUCCUACACAGGGCCCAGGCUGCAGAUCUAUACAAACAAGGUGGAGAGUACAAAAAGUUGGUGCGCUGUCUUAACCUCCUAGAGGAUUAUACCGAUUUAGAGAACGUUGUCAGCGAACUCCCUGACGGACACCCUCUUCUUCCGGAGCUGGCGGAUAUCUUUUCAAGCAUUGGUCUUGGCCAACAGGCGAUCUUCGCUCUCAUGAAGGUGCCCCGACUUUGAAUUAUUUAUUCUUGCAAAUAUGUUUACUUAUUAUUAAUAGAUAGUUAUUAUUCACGAAUGGAGAGGAAUGUCCAAACUCCGGGUAUAUGCACGCGUAAUGGAGGGGACUGGGUUUUCGAACUCGUGCAGGAGUCUAUCGUCAGAGAUAGAAGCAGUAACUGAAGUAGCGACAGUUAUAGGGGGUGUUUCUCAAUCAUCGAUCAGUGACGGAGGUAUGUAGUUGACUCUGCAGGACUUUGUCUGCCGACGCCAGGCUGAUACACAUCGACUGACUGAGUUCUCACCCGAGACCCAAGCUUCAAUUAAUUUUCGGCCGGCAGGUACCAUUGUCACUCUGUCCGCGAAGUCAAACUCGCGACCCGUUAGAAGUUGCGGACAGGCACUUGUGACAAUUCGCCGCCCCGUUGAACAGCCAAUUAAUGCUUAUGGAGGCGCGAUCCGAGCAUGCGUUCAGUUUGACCUGUAUGGUUACAUGGACAGUUUAGCCACCGAAUGCGAUGCACUAUCCUAGUCUGCUCCUUGACGCUUAACUGGUACCUGCUUUUUGUGAUCCUACUGCGCAUAGUAGCUUGGGCUGGAAUGAUUAAUGCUGAGUUCGCCUACCGGGUAGGUCUAGUUACAAUGGUCACGAUUGCAUCAGACCCUAGUAAGCCCUACAACUCCAUUCUACCACAGAUUCGCGUUUGGAUCUGAUUGCAUUUUGGAAUGAAAACGAGGCUUUGCUCCUACCAAGACAAACAAAAGAUUGAGUUGGUUACUUAAUAACGUCAAAUUUGAUGCUAACCCACGUAUUUGGUGUCGUAUUUCUCGACGCGCAAUAGUGUGCCCGAUAUAAGGAAGCCAUUGAUGUCUGCCUGGAGCUGAAUGAAUGGCAAAUUGCUCUCGACCUGUUGCCCGCCCUCAGCGGUGACAGCGAUGUGUCCGUCAGCAAGAGACGCCUCGACAACCAACUGAGGGCCUCUGUCCUACACCUCCUUGAACAAGGCUGGACGGUUCAGGCCGUCGAGUUGCUUAAGCGUGCUGGACACUACCUGGACGCCGCCAAGCUGAUGCUACGCGUGAGUUUUUCCUCUCCAUAACACUGAUAGGUUCAGUCAUUGUGGCCUGUUGAAAUUGCUCUCGUUAGACACCUCAUAACAUUAAAAGUGCUUUAUUGAGCACCUGCAUGCCACCGUUAAUGCAAAUGAAAAAGUGUCCACAAAAAUCGCGGGAUACAUAAGUCAGCUAGUACAGUAACCAAUUUAUGCACAUGAUAAUGAAUGAAUGUCGAAGUGGGUGUUUGAUGUAACUCUCGAUGGUCAAAGAGUCCGAGUUCAAAUCCCAGUUUGUUUAAAUUUCGCCACGGGUAUAGCUGGCUGGUGACUACCGAUAAGUCCGAAACGACCAUCCCAGUAUCUCUUACCUCUGUCGAUACUUAGCUAUGCACUUAGGUUGGGUGGUAUUAAAAACAGUUUUCCCGUUUUAAAUGCAUACGGUAUUGGGCCGGUUUCUCAAGUAAACCGCUUUGUCGUUACUUUUGGCACAAAAAUUGUCUCUCACGGCAUCAUCUUCGUUCUGGAGAAAACCUUUUUGACAUUCUGCUUCAUGUUUUUAUUUCUGAGAUCUUAAAGUCCGUCAGAAUGUUCCAGUAUAAUUGGCCGACCACUAAAUCAUGCCGGCCAGUAUAUGUCUUCUUUCGCUAUUAUACCUAUUUUGGAAAAAAAAUAUGGACCGAUUGCCAGGAUAACAUCUGUCCGAGGACGCCGGUGCCUGGCUGAUAGGUUGUGAUCCCCGUUGAGAUGACUGUGAGAAUGAUGGAUCAUGUACAGAACAUAGCGAGCAACUUCUCCACCACGCAGGUAUGACCAGCGGAUGGAUGCCAUCAUGUGAAAAGGCCUUAGCUAUCGCAUACAGACUACGCUGUUACCUUGUUCCGACGUCAUAAACAAGAUGAGGCAAUUUCACAUUGUUUAGUAAAUUAACUCAGACCACGCUCAUAGUUCGACUGGAACGUACUGCUACCCAUGAGUCUAAGCCGAAUCUUGGUAAGUUGUGCUUAUGUAGCCCCAUCUGAUGGACACAAUACUGUUGGAGUUGGUGUUAGGGGCUGGAGUUGGAAGUUAGGGUUAGGGUGAGGGUUAAGGACAACUAUUUCUCAACAACUCAAAGCACAACCGCGCAUUCCCAAUAGCCUUUCCUUUACAUACAACUACUUGACCUCGUCGCCUGUGCGUACUCCGGCCCCAUCUGUGAAAGCCCCUAUUACCACCGGUCCCGGCCAGGGUUUGUUUACUUCAGGUGGGGCUACAUAACCACAUCUAACCCGGACUUUUACCUGUGUUUCUCCCGCCACCACACGAACUGUCUCUUAUCUCCCUCUGCACGUUGUGUGGAGUUGAUGUUCCUAUUUCUAGAUAUCAUUUGAUGGUCCUCAUAUGUUCCUUCUAGGAGGCCCAGUCAGCCGCGAAAGCGGGCUGUUCCCUGCGCAAAGUAAAGGAGAUUUACGUCCUGGUUGGUCUGCUGGUAGAGAAACACCACGAUCGGGUGAGAUAUGAGCAGGAGAAUAGGCUUGGUGACGGCCGAUGCCAGGAGGUUCGUUUAAUAUUUUGCCAACUGCUCCCUCCCGCUAUAUUUGGUCGGGAAACAAUCCCCCUCUACUUCCCUCUCUCUCUCUCUCUUUGCUUUCAGUCCACCACAAUUCUUGAAUCACUGCUCAAUCAAACUGUGGAUGAGGAGGAAGAGGGUGAAGGAGACGCGACGGAAGAAGAUGAGGAGGAGGAUGCGGAGAAGGGAGUUGCGCAGAACGGGCAGAAACCCCUCUUCAUGGAGGAAUUCGGCGAAGACGGUGGCCGAGGGGACCUCGGUAGCUGCAAGACUGUUGCCGAAUCCGGCGGAAGGAGGCAAAAGACAAAACAGAACAGCGGACGGAAGCGUAAGAAGGUGACCUGUCCGCUGGCGAAACGUCUCCUGCUCAGCACUUACGAGGUGACUCGCCUGGUCGACCAACCCUGGCGCGGCGCAGAGGCCUACCACUUUCUCAUGCUCUGCCAGAACCAACUCUACUCAGGGCAUUACGAACAUGCCCUGAGGACAGCACUGCUUCUGAGAGAUCUGGAUGACAUAAUCGAACCCCAGAAGGUCUACGCCAUCAUUGGUGAGUCAUGCCUCGCUCCGCAUCUAUGCGUCGCUCUCACACAUCUUGUCCUUUUCAGCUCUUUGCGCCUUGUCCGCCCGAGCCUUUGCUACGGCCUCAAAGGCCUUCCUGAAGCUCAAGAACUUGCCAAACUGGAGUCCGGCCGAGCGAGAAGAAUUGGAGAACCUCGCCGUCAGUAUUUUCAGCAGGUAAGACGUUUUUAUUUUUAAGUGAAGAAUGCGGUCCUUUUGCGUUCUAACAAACUUAAGAAGUAAUCUCAUCCAUCGCCCUGUUUAAUGCAACUUAUUGACAUGUAAACGUUCCCUUAUCUUUGUUAUCGAUUCGAAAAACCCUUCAUGUCCUACAAUCAGGAUGGGCCGCCACACACCACGUCCACGUGAAUUCUUAGAAUAUGUUCCUUCUUGGGACUAAUUCAAAGCCAGAUUGCAGUGCUUGGAUCUGAUUGUGCAGCCGUACAUACGGGAAAUAAUAUUUUUGAACUACUGAUUUGAUUCGUGCAGGGGUAAUUACGUUGACUUGGUGUUUGUCUUUUCCUCCUAACCUUCGAGUUGUCUGGGUUAGGUGUUGGGGGUAAGUGUUAGGCGUUAGGGUAGGGUUAGGUAGCGUUAGGGGUUAGUGUUAGGUGUUGGGACUAGGGGUUAGGGUUUGGGAUUGGGGUAAGAGGUUAGUUUCAGGGGUUAUGGGUUAGGGUUAGGGUUAUGGUCAGUGGCUAGGGCUAGGGUUAGUGGCUGGGGUUAGGGGUAGAGUUAGCGGUUAGAUUUAGGGCUAGUGCUAGGGUCUAGGGGGUGCGGUCAGUGUUAGGCUUACGGUUGCGAUUUGGGGUUAGAAUGAGGGCAACCCUUGCCCUACCCCUAGGCCUAACCAAACGCAAUCACAGCUACUGAAAUCAAGCCAGUAGGUACAAUUGUGGAUUCUGCGGGCACGGUUGCCAACUACCUCUUUUAAUGAAAUUUGACAUAGGGUAAGCCUUAUUGUCAUCGUUACCGGUGCAAAUCUGCCUAGGAUAGUACCCCUAAAUGAGUCUAAUACAGGCAAUACAGCUUGCGCGUGACUUUAGAAGCAUAAUGAGAACGCAAUCACAGCUGCUGAAGUCGAUCCAGUAGGUACCAUUGUGAAGUCUGUGGGCACGGUUACCAACUAUCAUCUUACCCCUAAGGCUAACCAUACCUCUAAACUCGAGUACAAGACUGUCCUUUUCCGUUUGAGCAAUGUUCAGGUGUGCUAUUUCAGCAUAAUCUCGCUAAUUGAAAACAAACCAGUAGUUCAGCAGUAUAAUCUCCAUCAUGUGCCGCUGCACGCCAUGUCUAAUGAUGCUAGCCAUGCGUUGUCACCGUCGGUUGGCUGGUUAAAUCCCUACCGCAUUUUUAUCAUGGGCGCCUCAUUUUCAGCUCACUUAGAGUUUUAUUGUACACUUAAUUAACUCAUUUCUCCCCAGCUAGCUCACUGACUUGUUCCCUGAUCCCACCCAUAAAAUCUCCUUUGCCACCAAUCCCGUAUUACAGGCAGCUGGAAAUAGAUUGCUUCAUGGACGGCUGCAUACUAAGAUCUGACCAAGUGUCGGUUCGCAGACGCCCUGACGCCGGUCUAUAUUAUUGUCCUUAUUAACUGGUCAUAGCCGCUUUACACCUAGGCGAACAGCUUAGACAGCCGAAAAGGCUGGUGAGAAAACUUACUGACACUGCUGGCUGAGCCGCGUGUGCACCUUGCAGCCUCAGUAAAAAAUUAUAAUAAUUAUGUCUGCCCUGACUUUUAAUUUGGUGAUCUUCGAGUUGUCGACCAUCGCACUUCGAUAUAACCACCCAAGAGCCGAUACCAGGCGCUUCCCAUAUUGCCGUGUUCGUACUUCGGUAUGUACGCGGUUUACCGUAUGGAGAAAAAGCAUGAAUUGACUGAUCUGCUAUGUGACCAUGGUUUUGGGGUCUAGAUCCGAAACGUGAAUACUUAUAAUGACCCAGGAGGAGUUGUAAUGCAGUUUGGUCACAGUACUCCACUUUUUCACCUUUAUUAUUUCCUUUGUUAAGGUAUCCACCAAAGAAUCAGGUGAAAUCUUCUAGUUCAAUGGAAUUGGACGCAAUGCUUGAAAGGUAGGCUCGGGUUCUGUUUUCGCAACGUAUAGGCUAUCCCCACUUGUUCUCCACAAAAGAAGAGUUUUGUUAGGACGCAAAAGUCUGUUUUCUGUGAUGUUGUCACUUAAAAUUGAAAAUGCUCCGUCAAGGCGAAGGAGAGCUCUAAAAGCUCCCCAAUGACUGAAAUGGAGCGGAAUGCCAUUUCUGGCUUGGUUGCCGUCAUCAGUCAGAACUGGUGAUGGGGGUCGCGAAACGGUCGAUAACUGAGCUGAACAAUCUACCAGGGGCGCCAUGGACUCGGUGUCUAUCAGCUGCGAUGGCUACUAUUCAAAGCCGUGCGAAGGUGAUCUUUGUAGAUCAAACCUGAUAGUGAGACGGAGUACGGGCGGCGGUUCAUUUUGCCUCGCGGCUCCAGUCUACGGUCCUUGUAGACGGUCGAACAAUCAAUAAUCAUUCGAUCAGUAACCAACCAAUGAAUCAAAAAUUGUUCACCGUCUUCAGCCCAAAUUAUCCCAACCCCAGGUCGCGGGCUUUGGACUGAUGAUUCAGUGCAAAAGAGCACGUUCCUACUUCUGUCCUUAGGUCAGGCCAGAUAAAUGAACACCACUGUCACGCGCCAUUGAUGACUGCCUGUUUGUCGUACAUGUCUUGCAGUUAAAUCGGAGAGAUGCGGAUUCAGUCUCCCGAGUAGUGGGUCUGGAGGCAGCUAAAGCUCAGACGGAUAGGUUACGGAUGAGUUGUAGUAGAGAGUUAAUACUGCCCCGGCAAGACGUCGCAUUCGGGGGGAGUUUGGAUAUGUGAGCUUUAAUAUUAAAUUACAUUAUGUGGUUGGUUCUGCCGGUACCGUUCUUGCAUGCAUGAUGGCCGGCAUUUAGCAAUGAAGUUGGCCUGGUGUUUAGAGUUGCCGCAUUCACGGGAACCAGUGAGGUCUGGGGGUUAAUUUCCACGGGCUGGUUAUAUUACGCUUUAUCCGCGCGGUUUACGUAUAAAUGGUGUGCAAUGCCCUCCGUGGAUUCUAUUUCACGCUAUACCGUUUCUACUUAUUCCCCUAUAACAGUUUUCUACGUUUUCCGCGAAAGUGCAAUUAACAGAGGGGUAUAAAUUCAACAAGAAUGUAAAUGUUAUACAUAACCGAAGACUAUGCGCCCUACUUUGCCAAGUUUUGCUACAGUCUGUGAUAUUUCAAAAAAACCAGAAUAUUUCCUGGUCAUGGCAGGGAUAAAUGAGAAAAGUAACGGCUAGAACUCGAGCACUACUGGACAGCAGUCGACUCACAGACCUGAUUUACUGCUGGAUUUGUCACUUUGACGUUGCAACGGCCGCGCUUCGCGGUUAUGCGAUAUUUUUUUGUUUCGGACUCAAGGAAGCCGACGCACUGUUCAGUCUAAUGUCGGCGGCUGGAUCCCAUGUGACGGCCCAUAUUUUCUGAUUGCGCGCGUUUUCUCACUUUUCGUAUUUAACCGAGACCUGUCUUCAUUGCUUGAUAGUUAAAAGCCAUAAUAUGUGGUGGCAGCUUGAUGCCGCGCACUGCCUGCGGGAAGCGCUGACUGUUCUGUUGAUUAUUGCUGACCUGUUGUUCGGGCAGCUUGUUACUUUGGCAGGCGAUGCUAGCUCAUAGUAGUUUUUUGGAUGAUUUACUGUUCGACUUAUAGGUGUUUGCUUAAUCUCCAUCUACCGGCCUACGGGGCACAGUCAACCCGAGCUCUUGUUCACACGAUAUCGGGGAGGGAGAGCUAACACCUGAUUGGUUGAAAAUAAAUGCGGCGGCUGAGUCACGCUUGCGUACGCACGUGCGUCGUAAACGCGCGCCCCUCAAACGGCGUCUCAUCGGUUCAUUCCCGAGCCCAUUUGAGGUUGCGAAACUACUCUGCAAAUUGGUACACGUCGCUGGAAAAGUCUACCGCACGUUUGCGCGGCUGCAGAAGCUUCAAUUAAUUAAUAGCAUCGUUUGACAAGACGAUCGGUGGUUGAUGUGUUUAGGGUUAAUUUUUGCGAAUCAGCUGCCAGUUCUCACGAUGAUAGCUAAGGCUGUCUGCAUAAAUUUCAACAUGGAAAUGAUACGUGUGGUCAUGGAGUUUGACGCUCUGCCACUGAGCUACGGACCCAUUUUCCUCUCGGUUGUGAUCGGGAAUAUCAAUCAUUACAGACGGGCGCUCACCAAGUUUUGCUUCGAAUCUGCAAAGACGAUUGUGGACGUCAUAUAUUAUAGCAUUCAAAAUGCGAUAUCUGUUUUUGCACGAAAGAAAUCUCCCGGUCUCAUUUGGCAACGUCGGUUGUAGACGAAGAGACUUCGGCAACUCACCGUGAUCGUGAGAGCGAUGGAGGAAGGUCAACUGUUUAAAAGUUAUCGCCUGUCUCUGUGCGAAUUUCUCCCAACGUCUGGUAAGAAUAGACUUUUGACGCACAAAUAUACGUUGGAGAUCAGAGGUGGUAUGCAUUCGGAAUCGGUAUAGAAUGAUGACACUCAGUGAUCUCCAAAUAACACACGCGGAUGACCUUCCAAAAGUGCACAAUGUGGGUGCUCGGCUGAGGACUAUAGUGUCGCUCAUCGGACCACCUACUUACAAUAAAACUAAGUUAUUGUACAGUCAUCUGUAGUCGCUUACUCAGGGAUCGGGCUGCAACAUUAACAACUCUCACGCAUUUCUCCACGGGAUCCAAGGCCUCAAAGUAUGUACUGAUGAAUGCCUCCUGUCUUUUGACAUCGUUGCCUUGCUUUCUCAUGAUUUGGCAAUCGGAUGCAUAGCCGAAAGUUACAAAAUGAUCCCAUUGAGAUCUCAACUCAGCAGGUUAUAGAACUGCUUAAACCCUGCUUUAGGAACUAUUGCCAAUACGGCAAUAAGUACUACAACCAUGCGGAGAGAAACCCGAUGGGUUUGCCAAUAUCAGGACUGAACGCCGAACCAGUGUUGCAGUGAAUAGAAGAGGAAGUUUGCCAAGCUAUUCAGCCCAGAAUGUGACUUUGCUGAGUAAAUGACACCUUUGUCGCAAUAAAGAACUACGAAGUCGAACAGCUGCAUCAGAGACUGAAUAAUGUCUUCUCAACCGUACAGUUUACCCGUGGAGAGGCGAUUGGAUACCGCUUGCCGUUUCUGGAAGUGAGGAUACAAAAGUUGACCAAUGGUAGCCUCGCAACAAGCAUCCAUAGAAGAGAAUAUAAUUCUGAGAUUAUCCUCAACUAUGCAAGCAACCACCCUGAAGCCCAAAAAGGAGACUGUGUCUGAACUCUGUUCCAUCGGGCCUACCGUUAUUGCAACAUCAACGAUCUCCUCAAGAAAGAGCUUGCUCACCUGUAGCGGUUAUUUCGAUCUAGGGGAUAUCCGAUCAGCUUGGUGGAGAACUGCCUCAGGCACUUGGCACAGUCGCAAGACACCACCCCCAACGGAGAUAUUGUGGCACGAAAAUUCUACUCCCUGUCAUAUAUACGAGGAACUUCCGAAAUACUCUCCCAGCAUUCAAAUCGCCUGGGCAUUCACGUUGCCCAAAAAUCGCCAUCCUCACUACGCGCAGCACUAUCUCAAGUCAGAGAUCGCAUUCUCGAAGGGCAACAAAGAAUGUAUUUUGUCGCAUCCUGAGCGCAGAUGGCUCCUGCGUGUAUGUUGGUCAUACGGGUCGACGCCUGGGCACCAGCGUCAAUGAACACAAAUUAGCUAUCCGUCGACGAGACCCCCUGUCCCUCGCCCAUGGACUCGAGUACGAUCACCGAUUCAAUUGGGAUGGCACUGAGGUCGUCGCCAUGGCUAACACAAAGCGAGCGAGGGAAUUUCUCGAGGCUUGGUGGUCCAAUGCGGGUAGUAUCAACCGCCAUGUUGACCUGUAUGCCCAUUACGACGGUGUGCGUUCAUGAAUGACUGACCCCUGGCCUAUUCGCACAUCAACAACCGCGAAUUCUGCCACCGGCAGUCCAACUGAUCCACGAUCCACCCGCCCGCCCUUCCACCGCAAGGAGCCGUAGUUGUCCCGCAAACUCUCCCCUCCCCUCUCCCCUCACUCAGAAUCUUGUCAUGACGUCGGGACCACUCCCUCACACGCCAAUGGGCUGCCUGUCCUGUCUCACCAGAACUGUUUCGGGCUUAAUAUAUCUUAAUGAGAUUAAUCAUAACUCUAACUAUUAUCUGGAAUCAGAGAUACAAGCAUGCACACGGGCACAACGUAUGUGAUCUUCAGAGGAGGUCUAUCAGAUUGGUCAUGAGUACUCACUCAGAAUGAUUUUUGUCAGCGUUCCAUCUCUACCGGUCCUCCCUGCCGGCGUACACCGGAUAUCUGUUUACACAUGAAUGUUCACACACCGCUUCACUGGCCUUCCAACGCAGACAACCCCCGAAUUGGCGGCAGAGUUCAAGAACAGACCGAAUUCGGCCAAGGUGCGAUAGUGAAAAAGACGACAACUUUCGAAGAAGAAAUGCUUAUCCGGAAACUAAAUGCGACAAUGCAUAGUCCGUCCGUCGCAAAGUGCGUCGACUACCAUUGUCUUGAGGUCAGGGUAGUGACCUACGCACGAGUCGGGCGUACAGUAAAGAGGCUCCACGCGAACUGUGUUUCGCUCUCUCGUCUCACGCUCACCUUUCUCUGCUGACUGGAUACAGGCGUGAUCGCAGCGACUGAAGAGGUCGGAUCCACGCCUACGUGUGCUAAGUACGCGCUGGUCUCAGAUCUCUCAUCGGAGAUAGUUGGCACAGAGAGCACUUUAACAAUGAGUCAAUGCAGCCUUAUCUUCAGUUCGUUGGUGGACUAGUAAGUUGAAAGAGACAUUGGAAGAGACCUUAGUUUAUUAGUUUGAUGGUUAAAUGGGGAUUUCGAACCUUCGGCAAUAUGUAGACACUGUGGGGAUGUAGUUAGUGACUACUGAGCGAGCGCAUCAAAUGCAGUCGUUUUGCUGAGACAUACUGCCCGCCUCUUUGCAAUGCGCUCAGUUCUGGGUCCACGCAGGGCGGGUGGAAGUCUGCUUGGUCAGAUGUAGUUAUGUAGUCCCACCUGAAGUAAACAAACCCCAGCCGCCUGUAAUACGAGACCGGUGGCAGUAGGGGUUUUUAGAGGUGGGACUGGGGAACGUGCAGGCGAUGAGAUCAAGUAGUUGUAUGCAAAAUGCGCGGUUGUAAUUUGAGUGUUUGAGAAAUAGUUGCUCUAACCUCCAACCCUAACCUUAACCUCUAAUCCUAACCCUAACACCAACAGUAUUGUGUCCAUAUUGACCCAACUGUGAAAAAGUCGGCGCCGAGUUUUUCAUAGUUGGGUCAAUAUGAAUUAUUCAAAAUCUGCCAAAAUACCUAUGAAGUAUUUUGUCCAUGAGGUGGGGUCGCAUAACCACAUCUUAACGUCUGUCUAUUCAAUCUAAUGCACCCUGAGCAUUAACUUGCGACUCUGUCUUUUGAAAUUAACCCCCGACUCUCUCCUAUACGAGCUGGCGUCACAGGCUAGUGUCAUUGGUCAAUUUACGCCUUUCUACCGUGAUUAAUCACGUCAGGCGGAAUAUUGAUUUUCGUUCAGGUGGUCAUCCGCGUAUGUAGCUUCCCCCUAACGAAUUGUUAAGCAGCAAAUUAUGGAGAACAUAUUGUUACUGCAUAUUUUUUUUCUCUCUCCGAUAGGCGUUGAUACUUAUAGCUGGCUUUGGAAUUAUCUCCGCCUUUCUCAUUUGCGAAUUACCAAAUGAAAAUCAUUUGCGAGCAGAAACGUUUGGACCGCAGUCGCGCCUUUCCACACUUUCAGACGCGCGAGUGCCUCUGGCCUCUGAUUGGUCGGGCAUCUGUCGCUGACGUUCUGUGAAUAAACAACCGCACGCGUUAGCAACCGGCAUCUGGGCGAAGGGGAGUUUUAAUGAACGACGAGACUAGUAGACAGGCUGAGGCCCUAUGCGGGUUAGUCGAGAGCUUAGGGAUCGCGGUAUAAAAAGAGUGCCUUUUAUUCUGACGGACUAAUAAACUGUAAGUGUCGCAUGCUGGGUGGUGGUGGCUUGCCCCUGGAUCUCCCAAAGUCCUCCAUGUAAAAUCAAGUGUUCAGUUCAUCUUUUUCAAUGUUAACAUUAAAAUUCCGUCGGAAAUUGACGCGUGAGCCCGAACUAUAGUGCUUGGGAAAAGGCCUCUUGUUCACUCAAGUAUUUGAGGGGAAUUUCAUCCACUUCAGUGGAAGAACCAUGUACUAUUCACGGCUGGAAAUUCAGUAGCAAUGUUAUCCGCACGUAGUGGGAACAUUAAAGGACUUCCAACACAGCGAUCGCCUUGUCCAGUCAACUAGAUCUUGCCCCAGGAACUUUGUUCCAGGCUCGUGCACCGAUGUCUGAAACAGCUAUAGCCUUAACGACGUGAACAGUCUUCACGUACGUGCCUUGUUGCCAUGACUUUACGGAUGUUAGAUCGAGAAUAUAUUUCAUGGAGGUCCAGGUCUGAGACUGAUGGAUUCACCCUUUUCACCCGCUGCGUGCUAGGAAAAUAGAUGGCACGGAAAAUGAAAAUUACAUUGCCCCACAUGGGGGGUUCAGAUGAUUCUGGGCUGGUUUGUUUAUAAAUGCCAAAUUUCAACUUAUUUUGGAUGCGAAUUUUAGCCACAGGAACAGUUAUGAGUAAAAAAAUUUCGCUAUAAUCUUAUGCUGGCCUAGAAUUAGUAUGAAUGCGUAUUCUACGGCCGCGUAUAGUCAUGUGGGCCGUUCUUCCCUGAUAAGAAUCACGCGCCAAAGUAAUUUUUAUAAUAUUCCUCCUUUUUCAAUAUAGUGAGACGAAAAUACCAAUCUGCGCGGUAACGGGCCAACCAGUGACAGACUACCAAUUCUGGAUGUGCCCUACCUGUAAGCACAGCGCCUACGAGACGGAAAUCACACGAAUGCGGAAUUGUCCUGUUUGUCAUUUUCCUAUACAAUAACCGAUACCGCUCUACGUUUUGCCCUGUCCUCUUCUGAUUGGCGGUACUUGGCGAUAUUUGAUUGGUAAAAGCACGGUAGCGCACGGGCACUGGCAAAUGGAUUGACUAGUUUUAUAAGCCAGACCACGGUACUAAUAUACAACCCAGACGGAACGCCGAUUACGAUCAAUUCUUCGGGUAGUCUGGGGGGUAUUUUUUCUUAACGAGAGAAGGUGGAGGAACAAAUCUGUUUUCCACGUAUUCUGAUCGAAGAAGAGUUCGCCUGGACAUUUAUUAGAGGUAUGGCGACUUCAAUGACUAUUCUGGUUGUUUAUCAUCAUAGAUCGGUGAAGAGAACUCGUAGACCGGAUAGUAAAGUCUACGAUAAGGCAUUCAGCUCCGCCAGUCCUGUUUACUGCCAGCACCAGUGCUGGCUACGAGUUAAUUAUUGAUUAUCAGGUGAAACCGACACUUCAUCCGCUUGGUGCAUGCGUUUGGGGGACUAGGUCGCACAUGUGGCGCGCGAAAAUGGGUUCUCUAACUGAGUCAGCCACUGCGCCCCCGUCCGACACCAAACUUCUCACCGUCUCGGACAUUUGACUGAUGCCUAGGCGUGGAAAGAGAGAAAGUGAACUCGACGCCUCAGUGCAUUUUCCUCACUAUAAACAAACUGACGCGCUUGGAGCUAUCACGGUGCGCUAAAAACCAUGGCUUGGAAGGUUGCCAAUUGACAGUUCGACCAUCGAUUUCGAUGAUGUCCACCGUGUGCCCCACAGCAGUAGCGGUGGGAGCAGGGACGGUGACUUGCGCAGGGGUUUAUAGUGCCAGUAGACUUGCGCUGCCAAUUAAUGGAGAUAAAUCCGACCUCACAGUCAGCCCCAGUGUGCGUUUGCGCGGAAUGAGGGAUCGGUGGACUGAGAUUCAGACUGCAAUGGCUCUUUCUUAAUGUAGCCUUUUUGGCACUCCCACUCCGUGGGAUCCGAGCCUGGCGAUGGCGGCACGCUUAGAUGCGGCUUCGGCCGUACCAGUUUCCACUCUCUGCUGUGUUGGUCAAAAACCUGGUCAUUUGUUGUGUGGACCAGGGGGUGUGGUGGAACGCCAAAGUGCGAGCUCGACCGUGUCAUCCAGCUGCGACCUCCAUUGUCUGCGGUCUUUUUGACUCUGUCUUGGCACAAGGCUCAGGCAGGGAGGAGAGAAUGCGGUAGAUGCAGCGCAAGUCUGCCGGCACUCCCACUCCGUGAGAUCCGAGCCAGCAAGCUUAUCGGCGGCUACGGUCGCGUCCGCUCUUCUUGACAUUGUCCUGACACCGGGCCCAUGUGGGGAAGGCGGCGAGAGUGCGGGAGAUGCAGUGAAAGUCUACUAUUACUAUGAACUAAUUCACGUGAAAUUCACCGUGCCUGUUUCCAUUCUGCUGUAGAGUACACGGUAGACGCUGUCGAAAUCGACGGUCGAAUUUGCAGCAAAAGAAACCUCCACCCUGGUAGGCGGGACCUGGCGAAGCCAGGACGUGCACUGCUUAUGUUAAUUUAGAGAGGGGAGAGCGAAACUGCUGUGUUGGACGCUUGCAUACCUAUAUACAUCGGAGCUGGAUUACUGGUGUCUAAUAGUGCGUAUUUAACUACCCGGAGGUGGUGUAUUCGGAUGAGGUAUGAACGGCCGUGACCGCCUGGACGCAAGUGAGCUUCAGAUGGGCGUGUUGGGGAUAAAGUGCGGUCGCAUCGUCGCAGAGGCCUUGAUGAUGAAACUGUAUGACCUUGAGUUGCUUAUGCCCCAAAAGCAGUAAGGUGAUUACUGCAUCGAUGUCCGUCGAUCAGGGCUCCCAGGGCGUAGGAAAACCAUAGAUGCACCCUCGAUCGUGUCACUGCCAACCGCCAAACCACCAUAACGUGUUCGUGACAGCGGUCCAGCGCCGACCCGAGUUCCGGAUCACUGCCUGCUCGUCUCUAAAGUAGGAUUGUAUCCAACCGCAGAGACAGCCCCGAGUUGUAAUUUUUGAUCACGGAGGAGAGUAAACUGGGUGAGUGGAAGCUCUCUGAGGCAGACGUUAGGCAUUUACCGUUUUUUAGGAAGAUUUUCCCGAGGAAACAGCACUGGAAAUUUGUGGAACCAAUCUUGUUGCCUAGGCAUCUCGAAAACGAGGCUGUAAAUCCGACAAAAAAGGAUUCUUCAAGGUAAGAAAGUACAAUGAACUUAAAUACCGCAACACUAGGUCUGUCUGGAAGCCGACUCCGAGUCUCUGAAUAAAUAGACACUAGAUUAGGCCACCAGCAAGGGUUGAGCACAGUUUACGGGGUCUGUGGGGUGCAUCUACGCUCAUCUCAUCGGAUCUACACACUGAAAACAUCGGAUCAAGCUUGAUAAAUGUGAUUAAGAUAUACACCAGCUGGUCUCAAGAAAAAAACAGCAACGCCGUCCGAAAUUCAGCCUGCAAUAAAGACCCCUCUCUACAAAGACGUCGACCACGACAGCAGAGACCAUAGUAGAUACGACUGACUGACUAUUAAGACGUCUGAAACCCAUGGAUACGUAGACAAUGGCGAAAAGAAGGACUUCUUUGCGUUCAUGAAGAGAGUCUAUAGCUCCUGGCUCUUCGGAAUUGCGCCGUUGAUGUCAGAGACCAUAUCACAUAGAAGGCACCGGGUAUCAUCCGAUAAUCGAAACUAGGUUUCGUUGGGCAUGAUCAGUAAUUGCGUGGUUGACCGGCUGGGAAUUCUGGGUGUUGCUGACAUCUACCUUGCGUUCCGUACAACGAGCCACGCGGAAGUUUCUCUUGACCAACAUGGGGACUAUAUAAGGAUACAGGACGCCCAAUUGGGCCGCGCAUCCAUAACAAAUGCCAUGCGGUGGCUCGCCUAGACGCAGACUCAUGUCGCACAAGCCACCCACAAUGAGUGACCAAACUCAUGAAUUGUCGACUGAAAUUCUGAAAUGCGUCUUCGAUUAGGUAUGAUUACUCCGGCGCGGUUGUAAUACUGAUUGUCUUGUUGCAUGAUUCUAUAAGGACUCUGUAGGAUGUCAGCUUUUGAAUACACCGCCUUUCAAGCUCCUGUAGAAGCCGUACUCGGAAAAAAAUGACUACUUAAAUAGUAUGUAUUUGCCGCAUGAUUUUCGAUAAUCAUGCAAAGUCGAACAUAUUUUGCAGAAAUUACGAACACAAAUAUGCUUUCUUUCGAUCUAUCGAUAGAAAAUCACGUCGUCUUUGUAUUUUAUACUCGAAAAAUGAGUAUAACUGGGUUUAAAAACGUUUUCUAAUCGCCGAAUAAUAUGGAACCUGAUCAGUCGUUGCAUUAGCGCUUAGCGAUUUCAGCCUGCGAAGUGCAUGCGUUCCUCGUACAGAAAGUCAUAUAUUCUUCUAUGCCUUAAAAACUAUCCCAUAGCGUCCAUAAAAUUCUGCUAUGGAUGCGGAAUGUGUUGUACAUUUCAUGAGAAGCAGUGGUAAACGGACAGGUACGAUGCUAUAUGAGUGGACAUUGUGUGGCCUGAAAAAAAACGCAUUAGAAGAAACUUUUUAAAAUCUAAUUAUACUCCGCAUCUGAGUAUAUAAAAUAUAAGAUUUACGUUAUUUUGUAUCGAACGAUUGAAAGAAAACAUAUUUUUGUUCGUAGUUCCUAUAAAAUAUAUUUAAAUUUGCAAUAUUAUCGAAAAUCAGCGGGAAAGUGCAUACUCAUAGAUGUUUUGGCAGAUUUUGAAUAAUUCCUAUUGACCCAACUGUGAAAAACUCGGCGCCUCUGUGGGAUUCGAACCUACGCAGUAAGGGAAAGGCUUUAGAACAGCUAACAUUCUAACCACUUGAGCUACGAGGCCCCGCCGGGCGACGCGAGUUUAAUCACAUUUUGGUCAAGUUACCCGCCCAAUCUACUGCAACGUCUGGAAUCCACAAAAUCUGAUACAGUAAGUUGACUGCCCAAGCAGGAUUUCCUAAGUAAUUCACCUAGAAUCCACCAGAUGACUACCAGGCUCACGUAAUUCAUAGAUGUUUUGGCAGAUUUUGAAUAAACCCACCGAGGCGCCGAGUUUUUCACAUUUGGGUCAAUAUGAAGUAUUCAAAAUCUGCCAAAACAUGCAUGAAUUACGUGAGCUUGGUGGAUUCUAGGCGAAUUUCUUAGGGAAUCCUGCUUGGGCAGUCAACUUACUGUAUCAAAUUUGGUGGAUUCUAGACAUUGCAGUAGAUUAGGCGGGUAACUUGACCUGAAUGUGAUUGAAAUCGCGUCGUCCGGCGGGGCCUCGUAGCUCAAUUGGUUAGAAUGUUAGCUGUUCUAAAGCCUUCCCCUUACUGUGUAGGUUCGAAUUCCACCGAGGAGCCGUGUUUUUCACAGCUGGGUCAAUAUGAAAAAUGCAUACUAGUUAAGUAGUCAUUUCUUACCGAGUACAGCUUCUACAGCAGAUUGAGAAGCAAUGUGUUCAAAAGCUAGCAUCCUGCCAAGUUCGAAAUAUUAUAGGAUUAUGCCGCAAAAUAAUCAGUAUUACAACCGCGCCUAAGUAAUCCUUUCUAAUCAAAAACGCAUUUCAGAAUUUCAGUCAACAGUUCAUGAGAUCGGUCACUCACUGUACGCUUAGUCCCCGCAUCACUUGGCCGACCAGUUGGGACAACGGACUGGUGCUUGGAUACGUAAAGAGAGUAUGAGGUUGACCCUGGCAACUGCAUUCCCACAACACUCAGCGCAUAUUUCUCACUACAUACAAUCUGACGCGCUUGGAUAUGUCACGCUGCGCAAAAUGCUGUGGCUUGGAAGGCCGCAAACUGAAGAUAUAACUCGGUCCUCCUUUCCGGACUGAGGGUCUGGCCGCAAUGGCUCCUCAUAUCUACGACACCUCCCCUCAGUUUGGACCCGGGCCGCUACUACCUUCCCGUCCUUGUGAAUUUCUGGUCCUUCGGUCGCGAGCCAGGCGUGUGUGUGGCGCGCGUAGACGAGUUUUUGUCUCUGUCAGUCACUACUCCCGAUGCCCCCUCUGGUCUUCUUGACUCUCUCUUGACACCGGGCUCAGGUGCGUGAGGCCAUAGACAUUCUGAUAGGUAAAACGCAACUCCGCUUUCACUUUAAACUCAUUCACGCACAAUUCACAGUCCACAAACCCACCAUGCAGUUGGGAAGACAGCGCGUAUCGCCCCUCGAAUUGCGUGUGCCGUUCUUCAGCUCGAAUGGAACCAUCCUACCAAUGAGAACUUUUAACUUCGGGUGCGGUGGCUCCGAGCACUUUAGGCGCGUCCUCAAGCACCUAUAUACAGUCCGUGAGGACACCUUUUAUGGACUCCAUCAGGGGGAAAACAAUGCCAACCUCAAUCAACCAGAACAAACGUACGAAGAAGAACCGCUGUGUGCGGACUAAAUUCCAGCCGAAAUUCACAAAUACGGUGGCCCUCAUCUCACGAGCGGGCCAAACCUCGAUGCUUUAGGAUAUGUGACGAGAAGAACAGAUCCGAAAGGUUUUAGGGACGCAACCAUAGAAAAACAGAAGAACAAGGCAAAUCUCCGUUGGUAAUAUUGAUGGGAAAAUCUGAGCCCGAAUAUUACGCAAUCGUCUAACUGUGGACCUGGAGGUGGGAACAGGUUCCCAGGAGCUAGUGUAGGUUUAAAAAAGCCAUGGAGUCACCGAUUUGAUCAUUGCUGAUCAGUAACAGCAUCAAAAGUUACAGGAAGUGCGAUGCAGUUUCGACCUUAUUUUUGUGAUCCUCACAAUGGUCUCCAACACCGCAAACUGAGACGUCCCUGAAUACUUAUGAGCAAAUAAUGAUGCAUCGAACGAAUUAUUCUGGCGUCAGGGUUUCAAACGAAACUUGACGGACAGAUGAUAAACACCCGAGUUCUUCACGCUGAUAAGAGCAGUGAAGCAGGGAUGCGUCCUUGCGACAAUACUUCCUUAGGUUCAAUGACCCAGUCGGCUGCGAAAACUCCGUUUAGCGUAGUUUGGGUUUCGUGAUUUUAAUCAUUUUGAGGAAAAUUUUGUCAGUCUCUACCACAACUUUGCCGUCAAUUUCCUCCAAAAGAUGAGCUGCAGUGACAGGUCAGGAAUUUGGUAUUGCUCGUGCUGGUUCAUUUAACAAGUCGUACUACGCCUAGUGUUCUCGCUUCGCCUUUUCACUUUCUAGCGAAGAAACUCACUCAACUACCCCUUUCCACUCCUAGCAUGCUCCCCUGUUGGAAAUGCACCGCGAUCUCCGUAGAUGGAAUUGACCGCAAUGACUGA